AUGGCAUCAGCAGGUCUGAUGGGCAGCACUGAGGCUGCCUACCGGUCCCGUGGGUACCAGCUUGAAAUGUUAGAGGCUAGCCGCAAGGAAAACAUCAUUGUCGCGAUGGAUACUGGAAGUGGCAAAACUCAUAUCGCCAUUCUUCGGAUGAUUUCCGAGCUUGAGAGCUGUUCUCCUGAUAAGUUGAUCUGGUUCCUUGUUCCUACAGUGGCCUUGUGCCUCCAGCAGCAUGAAGUCAUCACUACCCAAAUCCCCUCCGUGAAGACGAAGAUCUUGACUGGUAUGGACAACGUCGAUCGGUGGACGGACCAGAAGAUUUGGAACGCGGUGCUGGAAGAUGUUCGAGUGGUUGUAUCAACCCAUGCCGUUUUGGCUGAUGCUUUGGGCCAUGGUUUCGUCCAAAUGUACCAACUUGCACUACUUGUGUUCGAUGAAGCCCAUCAUUGUAAGGGCCGUCAUCCCGCAAACAAGAUCAUGCAGAAUCACUAUCACCCUACCCUACAGAGGUCCGGUCGUGAUUCUGUGCCUGGAAUAUUAGGUCUCACUGCUAGUCCAGUGGUUCGGUCAAGCAAGGAUGAACUCAAAAGAAUUGAAUUCAAUUUGAACGCGUUGUGCAAAACUCCACGCACGCAUCGAACUGAGCUUUUGGAAAGCACAAAUCGCCCCCUCUUGAAACGUAUUGAUUAUGCACCAUGCGACAAAGAUCAAUAUGGUUUUGGGAGCAGGUUGCUCUCGCCCCUCAUUAAAUGCUGUGCCGCUUUCAACUUAGAGGAUGAUCCUUGGGUCGAAAACUUACGACAAAAGGAGCAAACAACUGAGUUGCAGAAGGUCCUCGCCAGUGGCAAGACAUUUUGCAGCGAGCAACUCAGGAAGUUCCUUGAGCGCAGUUGCCAUAUCUGGGAGGAACUUGGAGGCUGGGCCGCGGACUUCUACAUCAGUGCUUCGAUUGACCAACUGCAGCGAUCGAUUCAAGACGCCAGUGAAAUGUCACACUUGGACCAAGUGGAAAGAAUCUACCUUUUGGAACUGCUGCUUGCAAUGCCUGCACCUGAUGUGGACCAGGAGAGUGAUCAUGUUUCCUCGAAACUCCAAAAUCUCCUCAAUUAUUUGGACACAUCGAAUAUACCAGACUGUUCUGGAUUGAUCUUUGCGAAAAGGCGGGCGACCGUCAGUGUUUUGGUCCGCAUCCUGUCACUGCACCCUAAAACAAAAGACAGUUUUAACUGUGGUGCUUUUGUUGGCUGGGCAAGCAAUACUAACCGCAAGGAUUCGCUCGGUGAUCUGCUUCACCGUGAUAUGCAGCGUGAUACUCUUGAAGAGUUCAGAGCUGGCAGGAAGAACCUGAUCGUCGCCACCGAUGUUCUCGAAGAAGGAAUCGAUGUCAGCGCAUGCAGUCUGGUGGUAUGUUUCGACAAGCCUGCAAAUCUCAAAUCCUUUGUCCAGCGCCGUGGCCGUGCUAGGCACAAGGAAUCGGUCUUCGCUAUCAUGAUCUCGAGUGACGAUGACUCGAUGGAUAUCCAUAAAUGGCAGGGAUUGGAAGAAGUGAUGAUAAAAGCGUACCAGGACGGCGAGCGUGACCGCCAGCAGGCAUUGGAACAAGAAGCCGUCCAUGAACACGUCAGCGAUAGACUUUGGGUAGAAAAGACCAAUGCGCUUUUGACGGCGGAAGAUGCAAUGCAGCACCUGUACCAUUUCUGUGAUGUCUUGCCUGUUGCCGAGUAUGCCGACAGUCGGCCGAUGUUCUCCUUUGAGGAGGACAGCCAAGGCCUGCUUCGCGGUAUUAUCACCUUGCCGAACUCUGUGCAUCCGAGUGUUCGCCAGGCUCGGAGCAAAGCCAUGUGGCGCACUGAACGGGCAGCCAGAAAAGAUUCUGCAUUCCAAGCCUACAAAGCUUUACAUGCGUUUGGUCUGGUGAAUGACAAUCUCUUGCCAUUGGCAAGAAAACCGGAGUUGAGGUUUACUGAACAAGAGAUUAUCCCAUCGAUUGUCGAAGGGAUGACCCAGUAUGACCCUUACCUAGAUCUAACACAAGGCUGGAACUCAGGCCCUCUUUAUAAGACUCGGUUACGGAUAUCCAAUGAUGGCUCUGUCGAUGAGAAUUUGGCGAUCUGUUUGAUUCUACCAAGAAUGACACCGAUGCCUCAUCUGAUUUCUCUCCAUGUAGACCCGCAAACUACUCUGUCUCUUUCUUUCGAAUCAACUGUUCCAAUUUGGGAUACAACACCGGAGCAACUAGAGCAGAUGAGACGAACUACAUUCCUUUAUCUCCAAGCCCCCAGUUCACGGCUACGGGGAGAGGAGCGUGACUACGUGGCUCUAUUCGUGCCUGAUGUUCCGCAUGAGAGUUUAGGAGAAUGGCUCACUGAGCAUGAUGGAAAAGAGUCUGCACUGGAGGCAUACUAUAGGAACCCAACUUUGCCUCCCGCGGGUAUCAUCCGCGACCAGGCCAAAUUCAGCGAGCCUCGCAUAUUCACUAAGUGGAUUGUCCCUGACGUGGUAUCAAAGUCGUCGUCCAUUGAAUUGGAAUGCCAUUCCCUUCCGCGGCGACGUAAUCUGCUUCAGAUGCGAACUUCGACGAACACCGAAGAUGUGGAACCAGAUGCACCGAAGAAAGUGUUCAUUCUCCCAGCUUCAUCAUGCGACGUGGAUAAACUGCCAGCCAAGCAGGCUGUGUUUGGACUUAUGAUAUCCGCAAUCCUGGAUCGAUUGGAGGCUGUUUUGGUAGCCCAUCAAUUGAAUAACACGAUUCUGAAAGGAGUCGGGAUUGAAGACAUCCAGCAUGUCAUUACGGCCAUCAGUACACCCCUCGCACAGGCCACCACUAACUAUCAGAGAUACGAGUUCUUCGGUGAUUCUGUUCUGAAGUUUACUGUCAGCUGUCAAUUGUUUUUCCGUAACACCAAAUGGCACGAGGGCUAUCUUUCGGAAAGUCGCGACAAGCUCAUUAACAAUACCCGUCUUGCUCGUGCGGCCCUGGACACUGGCAUCGAUGCAUUCAUUCUGACGAACCGGUUCACUCCCCGCAAAUGGGCCGCGCCUUUGAUCAGGAACAAGUUGACCCCAGAAGAAGGCAAGCGACGCCUGUCGAGCAAGGUUCUAGCAGAUGUGGUGGAAUCUCUCAUCGGUGCAGCAUAUGUCGAUGGUGGUAUACGAAAAGCGCAGGCCUGUCUCCAUCGCUUCCUGCCAGAGAUCAAUCUCUUCACUAGUGACAUCUCACCAGAGAUCGUACCCGCCGGAAAGGGCGUCAGCAACAUAAUCGAUCCACACCGAUUAUCUGGCCUGAUAGGGUAUACUUUCCAGGAUCCAGCGCUCCUGACAGAAGCACUCACUCAUGCCUCGUGUGAGUACGACAUGACAACACAAUCCUACCAGCGUUUGGAAUUCCUCGGUGACGCUAUUCUGGACAUGGUAGUCAUGGCAGUGAUAGCAGCCCACCCUGUGGAAAUGGAUCAGGGUCCAAUGACGCUUCUCAAACACUCGGUUGUGAACGCCAAUCUUCUCGCUUUCUUCUGCAUGGAUCUAUGCGCUCCAGACGAAUCCAUGGACAUCGAAACAACCAACGGCGAAGUCAACUUCGUCCAGCGGUACGAUCAGAUUUAUCUAUGGCGAUUCCUUCGUUCCCACGGACCAAAUGUCAUGGCCGCCCGCGAGUCCUGUCUCGAGCGGCACCAAGGUCUCCGCGAUGAGAUUCACGAUGCACUCAGCCAUGGAAAUGAGUAUCCAUGGGAGCUGUUUGCCCGCCUACGUCCAGACAAGUUCUUCUCUGAUAUUAUCGAGAGCGUCCUUGGAGCGAUAUUUAUCGAUUGUGGCGGGAAUCUUGAUGUCUGCCAGGAGUUCGUUGAACGUGUCGGUUUGGUAUGGUACAUUCAACGAAUCAUCGCCGACGGCGUAAACGUGGUUCACCCGCGGAAUAUCGCUCAGAGCAUGGUUAAGGGAUUGGGUACCCUUGUCUUCAAGCGCAAGAGGGUGGAGGCUAAGGGUGGAGCUACGUAUCGAUGCUCUGCAAUUGUGAACAACACUGAGAUUGCUGUGGUGGAGGGGUGUGCCUCUGCUGAGGAGGCUGAAGUGAAGGUUGCCAAUGCUGCGAUCGAGCGCUUAAAGGCAAACCCCUCGAUUCUUGCUACGUGA